AGCUCUAAUUGUUGAAAAUAAAUUUUAUUUUUAAAAAUCUUGUCUUUUAAAAGUGUGUCCAAAUCUACUACACGUUCAAAAUGACUACARAGCUGAUUGUAUUUGCUGCUUUGAUUGGACAUAUGGUCAUUGCUUACCCGCCCGAGUACAAAAGUUACAACAAUAAUGACCACUACGACCACUAUGCUCAUUCACCUGCACCGUAUCAUUUCGAGUACGGUGUAAAAGAUCUCCAUACACAUGACAUCAAAAGCCAAAGCGAAGUGAGCGACGGUCAUGGAAAUGUCAAAGGAUCGUACAGUUUAGUAGAACCCGAUGGUUCUACACGCGUCGUCGAGUACACCGCCGAUCACGAGCACGGUUUCAACGCAGUAGUCAAGAAAAUCGACGCACCCCACCAUCACAGUGAACACUCUGACAUUGCAGAUUACCAUCAUCACGAAUCACUUCAUCCAUACAAAUCAUCAUCUUACUACAAGUUCUACUGAAAUUAAAAAUUAUUGAUGUUACCUAUACACAAAUUUGUUAUAGCGCACCGUCGUUGAUAUAAUGGUAUCUAAUUAGUAUGCAUUACCUAUUCAUUUUGUAUGUCGUGUACAUUUUUUAUUCAAUAAAAUAUUUUAAAACAUAUUAUAUAAUAAAUAAUAUU